ACGCGUCACAAUAACUACUCAAAAAUAUAAGCCCAUUAUUAAUAUUGCAAAACGCACAUACGCAGCUGAAGCAGAAAAUUUAAAAAAGACACCGUUAUACGAUUUCCAUAUUAAAUAUGGCGGAAAGAUGGUGCCUUUCGCCGGUUACUCCAUGCCACUACAAUACGACAAACUUGGUCUCCUUGGCUCACACUUGCAUACACGUAAACACGUGUCUUUAUUUGACGUGUCUCACAUGCUUCAGACGAGGCUAAUAGGCAAAGACAAAAUAAAAUUUUUGGAAAAAUUAGUUGUGGCCGAUCUUGAAAUACUUCCGAUAGGUAACUCGACUCUUUCUGUUUUUACAAAUGAGAAUGGAGGUAUAAUUGACGAUACUGUGAUAUGCAAGCAUGAUGACCAUCUCUAUAUCGUGUCGAAUGCUGCUUGUGCGGAUAAGGAUUUGGCACAUAUACAAAAACAUCUAUCGGAAUUUCAAAAGACCGGAGGCGAGGCAGAAUUGAAAAUUAUCGAUGACCAUGCUUUAUUAGCAUUGCAAGGUCCUAAAGCAGCACCAGCUCUCGAGAGAUUGACCGGUCAAAAUUUAAAUGAUUUCAAAUUCAUGACGGGAAGGUUUAUGUCCAUUAAUGGAGUUGACUGUCAUAUAACGCGUUCAGGAUAUACCGGAGAAGACGGUUUCGAAAUAUCUAUACCCGCAUCAGAAGCUACUCGCUUAGCUGAACUGAUUCUCGAUGAUCCUUUCGUAGAAUUGGCAGGGUUAGGGCCACGAGACAGCUUACGUCUCGAAGCUGGUCUCUGUUUGUAUGGGCAUGACCUUGAUGAGACAACCACACCCAUUGAAGCCGGACUAAGUUGGACAAUUGGUAAACGAAGAAAAGAAGAGGGUGGAUUCUUAGGUGCCGAUGUCAUACUUAAACAAAUUCACGAUGGUCCGAAGCGUCGUCGUGUCGGGAUGAUUGUUGAGGGGGCACCUGCAAGAGAAAACGCGGAAAUAACUACUCAAAAAGGUGAAAUGAUAGGUAAAGUCACAAGUGGAGUACCUUCACCCACACUAAAAGAAAAUAUUGCGAUGGGAUAUGUUCAAGCUGGUCAUCACAAGCUUGGUACCAUACUUUGGGUUAAAGUUCGGAAGCGAAUCCAAAAAGCACAUGUAACCAGAAUGCCGUUUGUGCCCACAAAAUAUUACAAAUAA